AUGUCCGAGACACUCGAGAUGUGUCACUAUUCGACGCAUACCCGGCAUGGUGCGGUUCAUUUGGACGGUCCGCAUGCAACCAAAUGCCAGCGACGCGGUGGUUUGUCGGUCGCCCAGGGCCGACAAUGGAGAGAUACCUCCAAACGGAGGCGGCGAGACGCGUACGCGUGGAUCUCUGGCUGGUGGAUAGCGGUGCUGUGCCUGAUCUUCAUGGCCUCACCCGCCGACGCUGCAUCGCUCAAUUUCGAAAACUGUUUAAGCAAAUCGAUCCUCGAUUCCAACCCACUAACUCUGCAAUACGUCCCCCUCGAUAUUGGCGUCUGGUUCAAUCUGAACGACCCUCUGCAUCCGCUGAAUGUGACGGUCUAUGGAAAUGUAUCGGGCACCGCGGACCAAACUACGGAUUAUCCCUCCGAGGAUGAUGCCUCCUGGAGUAAUCCCAAUGUGACCGAGGGUAAAAUCGUGGACCUGGAUGUUUCGAACCUCAAGUAUAGCACGCUUUUGACCAACUUAGAUGUCUUGAGCUUCUCCGCCUAUAGCAAUGCCUCCAGAUUUUGCAAGUCCCUGGUUCAAGGCGAGUGCCCGCUGGGACCAGUCUUCCACUACAAUGUGAGCGACCCGAGAACACUGCGCGCAUUUUCCAUCAAACAUGAUAUGCUCUCCACAUACCGAUUCUCUACAAUCACUCCAAGCUUUGUUAUCCGCUCUGGAGAUGCUGACGCGAAUAUGCUGGGCUGUAUAACUGUGCCGAUCACGCCGGACUUUGGCUCAUUGCUGAAAAACGCACUGGCUUAUGUGCCGUUGGCUAUUUUAAUUCUCAUUGCUAUUGGCACGGUCACCGCGUCCGUGUACACGCCAUGGGGCACGACUGAUAUCUUCCGUUGGACCAGUAACUACGGCCGUGAUGAGGACGUCCUGCGCCUUGUCACGCCUGGUUUUGCUGAUUGCCUGCAGUACCUUCAAUUCGUGGUGCUGACGGGUUCCCUGUCAUUGGAUUAUCCAGGCUUUUUCCAACCGGCUGUGAGCCAUGGAUCUUGGUCUGUCCUUAUGUUCAACCAGAGCUUUGUCAAUUCCGGAGGCCACAACCCAGUUAUGGACGGCGUAUAUGCGAUCAACGGUACAUACGGCCUGGAUCAGAUGAGGCAGCUGGUUGGGAUGACCUCUGAGCAGGAUAUUUGGCCAGGUAUGAUCAUCUGGCUUCUGGUGGUCUUGGGAAUCAUUAUCCUUCUUAUCCAACUGGGCUUUACUAUGCGCUGGGUGCACCGUGAGCUGGCACAUAGCACCGAGCAGGAUCUGCGUGCCAAAAAUAUGCCCUUCACGGUGGGCAACAUCAUCCGUAUCGUUUUCAACUACUUUCUUCUGCCCAUAAUCUCGCUAUCAUUUUUUCAGCUCGUCACGGCACAGGGAUCGCCCGCUCAGAGCGUUGCAUUGGCUGCGAUAGUGAUAAUUGUUCUAAUCUGCUUCUCGAUCUGGUUUGUUCGGGUUAUUGUGUCCACCAGACCGAAGUCCCAUCUCUUUGACGACCUUCCCACGGUUUUGCUUUACGGGCCGCUCUACAACACGUAUUGUGAUGAUGCGGCAGCCUUCGCCAUGGUUCCGAUCUUCCUCAACUUCGCGCGAGGUGUAGCCAUUGGCGCCUUGCAACCGUCAGGCAUUGCCCAGGUUGUGCUCUUAGCCAUCUGCGAAGUUGUUUCGGUGCUUACAAUAAUCGCGUUCCGGCCCUUUCCAGGACCGACGCACAUGAAUCUUUACCACUGCCUAUUUUCAUUCAUACGGUUCCUUACCAUCAUCCUCAUGGUGAUUUUUGUUCCAUCCCUUACCGUCGGGCAGGCGGCACGUGGUUGGAUCGGCUAUGUGAUUCUCGUCCUGCACGCAUUGGUCCUCAUCUUCGGGUUCUUUCUCAGCGCCUUACAGACCUUGAUCGAGGUCCUGGCACGACUUGCUGGUGCUGGUGGUGCCACACGGGGUGGCUUGGUGAAGGUGUUCGGGAAGCGUCAGUUGUCGAGGCGCGUUCCACGGCGUGAUAUCACACGGCAGAGCUUGGGAUCUGAAGCGGCUAUGCUGGCUAAUGUUGACGAACGCAUGUCGUCUCAGUUUGAAGGAUCGCGUGCCCGGAGUCUAUCAGGAAGCUCAGCUCUACUAUUGAACCGCGCAACGGCAAGUGAGGGCCGUGCCAGUGCAAUCUUAGAUUAUGCUAGCUCUCAUGGUGGACACAGCCGUGCCACAAGCGCAAACCUGAUGGCGCAAUCUCCUACUGCCUAUACUGGAGCUGGCGGGUUCACAGCUAGCUCACCAAGCAGUAGCACUUUUAUGGCGUCAUCACCGCGGGAUCCGUACUACCGGCCUCCUAGACCAGGCCGACAUACACCCCAGUCAGGUAACGGGGAUAGGAGCAAGCGAAGCUCCAGGUCCUUCAUGAAGCCAAGCCGGGUCGGCACCGAGGAGGACAUGGCAGAUGAGCCAGGCCGAAACACGCCAGUGCCUGCGUAUCUACCUGCCCCGAAGGAUGACAUGGAGAUGGAUGAUUCCCGACAGCGGAAGGACUAUGCUGUUCGCGAAGUUGACUUUUAUUAUCGAGUCCGGGGUCCGCCGCUUUCUCAUACGGGCACUCGCAAGUUGAAGACUGGCCCAGCUGAUCCCACCGGUCCUGUCUCGUCAGCUACAGGAUGGUUCCGCAAUAUGUUCCAGGGGAAGACCAAGGAUAAAGGCAAGGGAUUCGAGGUAGUUCGAAGUGCUCGAGCUCCUCCUCCUGGCCUUUUCCCAGAAGGCGAUUAUAGUGAGGAGCCCUACCACGACGAUCCUGAAGACCCAGAGGCCGGCGGCCACUCGCGCGAAACAUACUCAGGCGAGGGGCCAUAUCGCGAUUAUGAAGGUGAUCACGAAACGAGAAAGUCGGGAGAUAGACAAGACCCAGAAAACCCCCUUGGUGGUAUCGAGCUUGCCAGUCGAUCCGGGUCCCGUCGAUCACGAGCCACAUCGGAAAAAGGCGGGGAAGAUGCGGCAGGAGCUCUGCCUGCAGUGACCGAGGCCUCCCAAUCAAGAGCCAGCACAGAAACCCCGGACUCUGAUCAUUUGCGACCCGAAUCCCCGACCACAGGACGUUUGCCCUUUAGUGGUAGCAGCUCACCUUCCCGGGAGAGGGGCCUCUCCGUUGCAUCUACAUCUGCCUCCAUGACUUCCAGCCACAGAACUGGCCGCGACGGAGUCCGUACCGACCGCCCUUCAAGUAUGGGCUAUGUGGCUCAACACCGCACGCAAGAUAACAUCCAUCAAGCAAGCCCCGAUGAGCCAUCCUUCGCCGGCAGCCAAGCUGAGCUAGUCGACGAGCAUCUACACGAUGAUAAAUGA